AUGGCUAAGAACGUAUCUCCCUUCCGAAGUGCAUCCUCACAAAUGCCUGCACUUACCCUAUCCGUUGGCCAACAAUUCAUCCAAUCCCAACUAUGCACCAAACCCCAAUUACCCCCCAAGGACCUCGACCUUUCAGGCCAAACAGCCAUCGUCACCGGAGCAAACAAUGGCAUCGGCUUUGCAUGUGCCAAGCUUCUGCUCCAGCAUAACUUGAGUCAUCUCAUCAUCGCUGUGAGAUCUGAACACAAGGGUAAUGCUGCUGCAAAUCAACUCCGUCAAACAUCAUCGUCCACAAGUCCCCAGAUUGAUGUUUGGAGGCUUGACAUGGGGAGCUACAGCUCCGUUGAAGGCUUUGCAAAGCGAUGUGAGACUCUGUCUAGGAUAGAUUUUGUCAUUCUCAACGCUGGCAUGGGCGAUAUAACCUUUCACCGUAACAAGACAACAGGUCAUGAAGAGACUAUUCAGGUCAACUUCCUCUCCACCAUGUACCUAUCCGUUCUUCUCUUGCCCAUACUAAAGAGUAGGGCUCCAACUGCGAAGCCAGGUCGCCUCACCAUCGUCAGUUCGGGGACAGCACUGUACUGCGAACUGCCCGAAGCCAAGGCCGACCAUAUCAUCUCUGCUCUCGAUUCAGAAGCCAACUUCGAUGGCAUGGGGCAUUACGGAAAGUCCAAACUUCUCGGUCACUUCUUUAUCGACAAACUCUCUCAGCACGUUGACCCAAGCGAUGUUGUCAUAAACCUUGUUGAUCCAGGCAUGACAAAGGGCACUGGGUUGAUGGACAAAGGCACUUGGCUGAUGAGACUGGCGAUGGCCACAGCAACCAAGUUAGUCGGCCGUACGCAGGAACAAGCUGCCUCAACCUACAUUGAUGCAGCGAUAGUCAAAGGAGAGGAAUCCCAUGGGUCGUAUUUAAUGGACUGGAAGAUCUACCCGCUCGGCUCGUACUACUACACUGAAGAGGGCAAGAGUGUUCAGGACAGGAUCUGGAGGGAGGUGAUGGACGAAUUCGCUUUUGCUCGUAUGGAAGAGAUUAUACGUUCAUUGAGCAAGUAG